ACCUAAGAGCUUAAGGUCAACAGACGCCGAAGAAGGUCUAGAACGGCCCGGCCUUUUGGCUCACAGUUACAAACUUGGCCGUCAGAAGACCGUCAAGCGAAAACAUUUACAAACUGACCCCCACAAACAAUCAACUAUGGCGUCACCACCGGAGCUACCUACUCGCAACAGUAGCUGUGGCUCCUUGGCGGAAUAAUUCUGAAACACUCGUACCGAGGGACAGUUCUCGUUAGCCAACGAAGUCAUGCUGGUGCAUCUUCAUCCGCAAGUAAUUGCGGUAGCAACGCCGCUGUUGAUUCUUUCGCUAAUCAUUGUACACUCCAACGCUCGUGUUCUAACAAAAGGACAUAUGAAAGCUUCAACGCUAUCUGUAGCGCAUAACGAAGAAGAAAUCAUGGUACAUGAUUUUGAUUAUCCCACUAUGAUGGAAAAAGACGAAGCAAAUGAAGUCAUUGCCGUUCGGCUACUCAACAGUCACCGUACGACAUCGUUCCAACCAAACUCAGCAGAACUACAAAAUGUUUCGUACGAAAAUGUCCAAGAAGAUCCUAAAGUCACCCUAUAUGAUGGUGAUAAAGGUCAACGUGAUGCGAUCGAACCAACAACAAUUAGUAUAAAGCUGCUCUCCACGACAUCUCAGAAAUCAUUACCAGCUGAUGACUAUUCUUUGGAAAAAGAUUGGGUUCGAUCUCGAAUAGAAAUUCCCGUAUCAUCCGAAGAAGAUCAUGUGUCAUUCGUUACUUCAACAACCCAAAAAUCUCGUACAGAAGCUACUACAACUCAUGUGCCAACACUUACGAUAUCAUCCUCACCACUCACUACUCCUAAGGUGCCACUGGUUUUCGGCUAUCGUAGGCGAAAACCGCGAAACUACAACUAUUACGAUGAUCUUCCGGAAAUAGAUUUCGAUCAAAUCGACGUAAGUGAGCUGGAAGAUUCUAAAACCAAUGAUCAACAAUUCAUGGAUAUUAUAGCUGAAGGAUUCCAAAGGAGUAAAGAAGACAAACCCAGUCGUUCCAAGAAACGGCGCCCAAAGAAACAACCCAAGACCACGUCUACCACACCAUGUCCAUGCCUUUAUCAGAAACGCCAGCCCCUUCCCUCCUACGAUUAUGCCAUCGAUUACGAUGACGGCAACGACGACGAUCAGUACAUAGAGCCCAAGCCACGGCGUCCACCGGUAAAGAAACGUCUUAUCAGUCAUCAAAACAGAUUACCACCUCCUACAGGCGAUGAUGACUACCUGACGGAUCCUAGCUCCAGUAUUGAGCGAGUCGAACGCGUCCAGAGUGCCCUGGAACGGAUCAUGGGAAUAGUGACGAUCAUGUCCCACGUCGACAGUUUCAUCCACAAGAAAACCAAACAGUCGAUAAGGCGACUGGCUAAACUGUACGAAAGCGUGGAAGAGUAAAUAUAAAAACUGAAACUUACUGAUAAGAACGGAACGGAGAUCCGUUUAUGUGUGUCAAUAUUUAUUUUCCAUGUGUUUGGACUUUCUUCCGAUUGUGCUAUCAGAACUUAGUUCUUUGGGGUUUGAACGUGACAAAACAUCGUGAGUUCAUAUGUAAUUGAUCCGUCUCCAUUAAACAGUGACUUUCCACCAGGACUGAAUACACCUUCUGUGGAAAAUUUGCUCAUGUUUCAAGAUUCUAGAAGUUUUUUUUUGUAUAAUUGCCGAUCAAGCCGAAAACAAUAUUGAAAUAGGGUCUUGUAG